AUCGUUUCUUUACCGGCUAAUUGUUUUUGACAGGUUCGUAAUUUUUAGAAGUUUCCCCAGUGGUAUGACUGACGUGGCAGCACCCCAUACCGCACAGGGACCUGAGAAUACUUCUGAUAGGGCUGUGAGUCGCAAGACUGCUGCUGCUCCUCCGGAACAGCAACGAAAUUCCAGGAAUCAAAUGUGGGAAAUCGACGAUUUUGAUAUUGGACGCCCACUGGGCAAAGGGAAAUUCGGAUCAGUUUUCGUCGCGAGGUCAAAAGAAGAAAAGAUCAUAGUUGCACUAAAGGUACUUUUCAAGGAGCAGAUUCGAAAACAUAAUGUCAUGCAUCAGGUCAAGCGAGAAAUUGAAAUCCAGUAUCAUUUACGCCACCCCAAUAUUCUACGCUUGAAAGGAUACUUUCAUGAUAAAGAGCGCGUUUACAUAAUUUUGGAAUACGCAGAUGGUGGUGAACUCUACAGUCGCAUGAAAAAGAAGGGAAGAUUGGAAGAACCUGAAGCUGCACGUUGUGUCCGCCAGCUAGCAGAUGCCUUGAGCUACUGCCAUUCUAAGCGAGUUAUACAUCGUGAUAUCAAGCCCGAAAAUAUACUGCUUGAUUCGAAAGGCAAUGUCAAGGUAGCUGAUUUUGGCUGGGCCGUAGUCUCUCCAAACUCUCGUAGACAGACUGUGUGUGGCACUCUAGAUUAUCUACCACCGGAAAUGAUCAGCGGGAAACCUCAUGAUCACACGGUGGAUAAUUGGGCAAUCGGAAUUUUACUCUUCGAAAUGCUUGUCGGAAAGCCUCCGUUCGAAUAUCCGGAGCAGAACCAAACUUUGCAAGCCAUAAUGAAUUGUAGAUACAUCAUACCUUCUUUUGUUAGCCCAGGACCAACCGACCUCAUUCGACGACUGGUAGUGAAGGAGCCAAGCAUGAGAUACUCCUUAACGCAAGUUCUGGCUCAUCCUUGGAUAAAAGAGAUGUCGCAGCAGCAUCACGCCCAUCAUUCUUCGAACAAUCACCCUCCAGCAAAUGCGUAACUUGGAAUAAUGUUAUCUUGGUAUUUUUAAUCUUGAUUGCUUUUGUGCACCUUACUAAGUUUACUUAACAUUCUUUCGGGUAGACGUUGUCUUUUCUUUGAGUACUACUUGUCAGUGAUUUUCAGCUCUGUUAUUUUCUCUAUGAAUAUCUUAUUUCAAGGUACUACCUAUUUUCUUUUGAGAUAUAUGACUAUUUUGUUUCUGCUCGCUGUGCACGUUCGUCCUGUAAAUCUUUCUUGCUCUGGAAGAUGAAUAUUGCAUCUACUGUUCUUUUGGAGCACCUUAAGCACUAGAGUGUGGGAGCGAUGUGGAUCUACGUUUCAAUUACAGUGCGAUGUGUAUCAUCCGCAUAGUUUUUACUUACUGUAGCCAUAUAACAUAUCAC